UGCCAGGAAGCCGGAGGGGUCUGACAAGCACGUCAAGAUCAGAGACGUCACCCUUCCAGAGGAACUGCUCAGCUUGGGCUUCCGGCAGUUCAGGCCGAGGGGCUCCUCGGAUGAAAGAUACCCUCCCCUCGAUCGAGUCUUCGAAGGAGCUGGAGGUGAUCACCGAAUGGUUCACUGAUGCGUUGAUAGUUCUCUCUUAUUCCCCAUUUUUUUUAUGACGUAGUGACUGGUAGCCUUCGAUCUAACCCCCUUGUGUUUUUUUUUGUUGCUUGCAGGUAACAAUUUGGACGUCGGUUCCCUCUUCGCUCUGAAGAAUGCGAAAGGGAAGAAGAAGGCCCCGGGGGGCGCUUCUGCCAGGGAGGGGCCCUCUCAAACUGCUGUCGCCACCGCUGGCGCUGGAGGGUCCAAGGGUUCCGGGCCCGUAAAAAAGAAGAACACCGACAAGGGGACCGAGCCCCCGGCCAAGAAGCCGAAAACUACCGCCCCUACCAAACAGCCGAUCACCGAUGUGGUGGUGAUCGUUGACGAAGGGCACGCCUCUGCCUCCACCCCCCAGGAACAAAUCAAUCAGGAGUUCUUCGGGCGGGAGAGGUUGGAGGCGUUAGUACCGAAGGGAGCCUCCGUGUUGGAGGGCAGUCUGAACCCUUCGGCUCUGAUGAGCCAAAUGCUGCCGUCGGCCAACCGACUAGCCCUUGCCCGGUUGGACGAGGGAUCCCUCGAGGCGAAGGUCCUCCUGAAUGCUGCCUCCAGCUUUAUGGGCCUCUGCGAGCACCUCCGGAGGGUGGAUCAAAUGAGGGAGGCCAAGGGAGUAGCCGAGGGGGAGGCCGCCCUCCUCAGGAAGAAGCUUGCUGAAGCCGAGGACUCUCUUCGUCUGGCCACCGACGGCAUAGAGCAGAGGGUGCAGGCCGCCAGGGCCGAAGGGGUUAAUGAGGGACUGGCCAGAGCCGGGGAGGCCGCCGCCGAGGCCGUCCGCAUUGCUGUUGAUGAAGCCCGCGCGGCUCAAGAAGAGGCCGUCUCCAAGGCCCGAGAGGAUGCGGUGACCAGCUUCACAGCCGAGGGGUGGAAGGCCGAAGACCGGAGGGAGUGGCUCGCUUCGGUGGUGGGGGCUUCAGUAGACGAGUGGGUCGGAGGCCCCGGAAAGAUGUGGCUUGCUGAGAGGGGCGACUCGUACUACCAAGGCGGGGAGUUCUUCACCCAACGCCUCAUCUACCGGAAGCUUGCGAAGUACUUUCAUGUGGCACCAGAGGAGUUCCGUCCCGAGGCUUAUGGCCUCCCCCCGCCAGCCAGAUGUCAGGAUCCCGCUCCCCGAGGGGGAAGAGAGACCAGUUCUUGAAGACUCGGAGACCCUCCGGGAGUGCGGCCUUGGGGGCGAAGAGGAUGAAGCCGAGAGCGAGGCAAUAUCUACAGUCCCCCCUUCUUGAAUUGUAUUCCCCCCUUUUGUGUUGUAAUUGUUGGCCUCGGCCCCCUUUGUAAAGCACAAUCAAACUUCCUUUUUUUUUUGAAUGAAUG